AUGUCCGAUUACCCCUCAUGGAAGGUCGCCGACCUGAAGGCAGAGCUUAAGAACCGCGGAAUCCCUCAAACAGGCCUGCGUCUCAAGCAACAGAUCAUCGACAAGCUAGUGGAAGAGGACGCCAAGGCGCAACCGGAAGAAGCUGCUGCUGCUCCUUCUGAACCCCAGCCUGAAACCCUACCUGAGCCCGAGCCUCAACCCGAAGCCCAACAGCCACCUGUUGAAAAGCCAGUAGCUUCGCCGCAAGAAGGGUCAACUGAAACAGCACCCGAAGAGCCUCAACAAGAUACUCCUGUAACUCAAGAAGAGCCUUUACAACCCAGUCCUGCACGAGAAGAUGAAACGCCUCGAAAAGACGAGGAGCCACUACAGCCCGAGGUAGCUAAAGAGGUACCAGUUGAGGAAGGAACAGAGACUGAAAAUGAAGAUAUGGACAUGACUCGAGUCGACUCUGUUGCUGGCGAGGAGGACAAGACCGAAGAAAAAAGUGAAACGCAACUGGUUAAGCAGGCUCCUGGGGACGUUGACGAGCCUAUGAAAGAGUCCUCGGUACUCUCCGCCAUUCCGACCUCAGAGACAAACACUGAGUUUUCCACCCCUCUCCCAAUCGAAGAGGCCCUAGAGGAUAAGCGCAAGCGCAAACGGCGCAGCCAGAGCCCCGUUCCCACACCUGAAGCAAUUGCAAACAAGAAAGCUAGAGCAAAGGAGGAGAGCCCUCGGGUUCAAUUAAAAGACGACAAUGAGUUUGCCUCUCAAGAAAUAGAAGCUAAGGACACUGCCGUGGAGCAUCAGAGCGCACCCACAGAGCAGAAGGAAGCCUCUUCGGCGCCACCAAAACAAGAUGCGCGUUUCCGAGGUCUUUUUACCCCCAGUGGCCCAGCCCUUGCUCGAAAAUCGUCUCCUACCCGGGACGAUGUCCCAAUGGAAGAUGCAGAAGUUGAACCUGCUUUACAUCCUGCCACCGCUGCCCUUUACAUUGAUGGAUUAAUGCGCCCGCUCCAGCCGAACGCCCUACGUAACCACUUGAUAAGCCUGGCCGCUGCACCUGGCUCCGAUCCGAACCCUGAAAUUAUACAGGAUUUCUUCCUUGAUGCGAUCAAGACGCAUUGCUUUGCAGGCUUCACCGGUGUAGCUGCCGCGUCACGCGUUCGCGCCGGUCUACAUGGAACCACCUGGCCCAAUGAACGCAAUCGCAAGACACUCCGAGCAGAUUUCAUUCCUGAAGACCAGGUCAAACAAUUCAUUCAGACAGAGGAGGAAUCUCGCGAUCGGAGUGGGCCGCCUGUGCGUUGGGAAGUGCAGUAUGAGCCUAGUAGCGAAGGCCAGGGCAUCCGUGCGGUGCUAACAGAAUCGGGGCCAACCCAAGCCGCCGCUUCGUCUCGGCCUCGCGAGGCUGGCUUCAAUCGAACACCCCCAUUGGGCCCGCGUGGCAGUGUAUCUGCACAAGUGGAUCACCGGCCGUCCAACGCCCCACCCGCGCCUCCAUCACGGCCAGGGCAAGGCUUCAAGCCACUUGAUGACCUUUUUGAAUCCACGACCACAAAGCCCAAGCUUUAUUACCUGCGCGUGCCUCGUAAGAUUGCCGAUCAACGUUUGGACCAGUUCGACGAAAUCCUCAAGAAAGGGACAUUUCCUCGGCGUGGAGGCGAUGACAUGCGGCGCAUUACAUUUGAAGAUGAAGACUACUUCGUAGAUGGAGGCUCUGAAUAUGGACCUAAAGGCAUGCCAAGCCGAGGAGGACGAGGCGGUGGCCGUAAUCGUGGAGGUCGUCGGGGGCGUGAUUUCUAA